CAGAAACCAGGAUGCGGUCCAGUGCCCAAAUGCCCAGUCCACAUGCACCCGCUGCCCAGAGGAGACCAAGCGCUCGCUCUGCCCGCAAUCAGACCGUCAUUGUGCCGACGAUGCUCCGUGGAGCCCCUCGCCUGCAACAACCGCAAUCCAGGCGCAAACACAUCGCCUUGGAUGUCUCGGUCGCCCAGGCGAUAUUCGAGCUCCCUGCGAACAGCCUGGCGACGGUCCUGGCCACCAUCGAGCGCUCGCCUCGGGAAUAUGCCGCCGACUGCAAGGUGGUAGGCUCGGACGGCAGCUCCGUUUGGAUCCACUCGGCGCUUGCUCGUUCCUAUGAUUUCGUCGGCCCAGACGGACCCUUGCCGGAAUGCGACUUCUCGCUGCAGCCGCCAUACAGAAUCGUCUCAUCCCACGACCGGCCCAAGCUCGUGCGCUUGCAAAGGGCUCUUUACUCGGGAUUGCCUCCUCCGGCUGUCGACAGUCUCAAGGCUCUGCUCCAGUCUGCCGACCAGGACGACCCAUGCGCAUCGGCCCGCGAAGAUCAGUUCGAUCUCCUGCUCAGCAGGCUUGCGAGCGAGCAUCCAGCCAAGAGCCUUGCUCAUUUGCAAGCUUCCGGCGUCGGUUGCGACUUUCAAAUCAUCCUGGAGCCACCGUCAAUGCCCAGCGAUCCCAAGACGACGGGGGCAUCUGCCGUCUCAAGCACACCCGAGCUAUGCGAUACCACCGUCGCUGUCCACCGGUUCCUGUUGAUUGCCCGGAUUCCGUACAUGCGUGCCCUGUUGACAUCUGGAUUUCGCGAGCAGAAUUCGGCAACGGCCCGGCUCCCCUCUGAUGUUUUUGGAUGGCAGGCCGUUCGGUUUGUUGUCGACCAUGUCUAUGGAUCGGCGACAGCGUAUCCGCCCGAGCAGCUCGCCGACAUUUUUGCCAUCUAUGCAGCGACCGAAUACCUGGGUCUCGCUGGGCUCAUGGACGUUUGCUCGGCCUGGCUAUCAAUGAUGACGGGCGGAUUCGCCUGCACUUGCAGCCCAUGCCUGGCGCUGGUACCCAAGAUGGCCCGGUUUGCCACCGAUCGAGGUCUCGAGCCGGUCCUGCAAGGUUGUCGCCUCAUGGCCGUCAAGAACUGGGCCAGACUGUAUACCCAGAAGCUGGUCGCCGAGCUCCCCGACGACUUUGGGAUGGACCUCGAAACGGCCGUGGCCGCCCGGAUCAAUGUCGAGACGCUGAGCGAAUACAUCCUGGACUGCAAGCGAGCGGCCGACACUCUGGACUGCUCAGGUUCUGCCGGCUGGGUCUCCAUUGCACAGCGCAUGGUCGAGCGGGUUAGAACGCAGAUCAUCAAGACGAUCCAAGCUCAUCCCGGAGAGUCCAUCCGCAUGGGCUAUAUCCGUUUCCUCAACGACCCUGGCAUUAGUGCCCGAGACACACGGAUCGAGCUUUUGAGGACCGUCAAGACGCUGGUGCGAGACAGCAGCGCCAAGGAGUGCCUGCUCGCUCUGUCGGUGGUGCCGGCUGCCGACGACCCCGAUACCGUCGACGAUCAAGCCAGAGAUGAGCUUGCGCUUGUAGCCGAGAUCAAGGGCACAUGCACGGGCAUAUUGGCUCGACAGUGGAUGGUGCUUUCGGAGCCGUCGCUUCUCCAAGGUCUGAACGAACAGAUCCUGGACGACGUGGCAAGAGCGGUCGGCGUUAGCAGCGACGAGCUUUUCUCCAUGCUCGCUCGACCUACUUCAGGCUUUGUCCGAUCCUCAGCAGCAACCCGAACCAAACUCCACCCGCUCAUCAAGCUCGAGUUGACCGACGGCCCGAACCAGCAGAGCCCAAGGGGGCACUUGCCAUCUUCGUCCAAGACACCAAAAACGCCCCGCAAUGAACAGCAGAGAGGCCUGCCGCAAAGCAGGACCAAAACAACCCUGGCCCCUCCAACGUCGGCAAAGCCGGCUGCGCGCAGUCUAUCGAAGCAAGUGCGCUCCAAUCCUCCGAGGCCGGCCGCUCCCGUCUCAGCAAGGAGCAGGCCCGGAUCAUAUCCAUUGAGUAGCACAUCUGCAUCACCGGCAGCCCGAGCGGAUCGAACUGUCCCAAGACGGGGAUCAAGUGCUGCAGCCCCAUCGAUCACAUCAACCGCAUCAGCCGCAUCAGCCACAACACUUUCAGCGACGACAGAGUCCAUGACAGCAAGUCAUCCUGUGUCAGAGUGGAGCGUACUUCAGCGUGUCCAGCUGUCGUUGUCAAAGGAACAAGCCGCUUCGGUGACAGGGACGAUCCGGUUCGUGGGAGCCACAGAGUUCGCAACAGGCCAGUGGGUCGGACUGGAACUGGACUCAUCAGCUCGGCUCCCAUGUUGCUCACGCCAGACGGCAAGAACGACGGAAGUGUUGGCGGGAAGAGAUACUUUUCCACCCAGUCCGGCCAUGGGCUGUUUGUGCGGCCAUCCGCGAUAUCCAAGCUUGAACCUGCUCUCCCCGACCCUCAUGUCCCUGCCGAUGCAGUUUGAGCGAUGCUGAGGACUGCACAACAGAUACUGUGUCGGAAACACAGACAAGAUGCACAUGGAUGUCUUUCUGCGAUUGAACAUCCCGUGCUGCCUGGUGCUCGAGCGAGCAGUCUUGUUCAUGUGUCGCUCAUGCCAUGCCAAACAAGACCGUCACAAGGGGCUCUCCAACAAGGAGACAAGGCAUCCCUGAUUGACGUGGAAGGGCAUAACAAGGAAGUUGAUGUUCGGCGUUGCCAACCGGUCCGCCUCGGCAAGGCUGAUUGCAACGGCCCUGCAUAUAUUGAUAUGGACAAAGACAGAUUUA